GCUUCUCGUUCUUCCGUCGCUACUUUUCCCCGCAGUGAGGGCGUCUGGUUCUCUCUCUCUCUCGCAAUGGCGAAGGCGAACCGUGAGGUCGUCGCAGCUCUUCUCCUCUCCUGCCUCUUGUACAUCGUGCUGCCCUCCGCCCGCGCCUUCUACCUCCCCGGCGUAGCUCCUCGCGACUUCCAGAAGGAUGAUGAACUGCAAGUCAAAGUGAACAAACUCUCAUCCACAAAAACGCAACUUCCUUAUGAUUAUUAUUUCUUGGAUUACUGUAAGCCUCCCAAGAUAAUGAACAGCGCUGAGAAUUUGGGGGAGGUCCUUCGUGGUGAUCGCAUUGAAAAUUCUGUUUAUGCAUUUAAAAUGAGAAGGGAUGAAAGUUGCAAAGUAGCCUGUCUAAUAAAACUUAGCUCUGAAGCUGCUAAGAACUUCAAGGAAAAAAUUGAUGAUGAAUAUCGAGUGAACAUGAUCCUGGACAAUCUUCCUGUCGCAGUUCCUAGGCUAAGAAGAGAUGGCAGUCAAGAUACAAGCUAUGAACAAGGUUUUCAUGUUGGAUAUAAAAGCAAGGAUGGUAAAUAUUACCUUAGUAACCACCUCAGUUUCAAAGUCAUGUACCAUAAAGAUCCAGAAUCAGAUGGUGCUCGUAUUGUUGGUUUUGAGGUGAUUCCAAGCAGUGUGAAGCAUGAGUCUGGUAACUGGGAUGAUAAAAACCCCAAAGUUACUACAUGCAACUCAGACACUAAAAUAACUCCUGGAAGCAAUGCACUCCAAGAAGUGGCUGCUGACACAUAUGUUGUAUUCUCAUAUGAUGUUACCUUUCAGCCCAGCAAUAUCAAAUGGGCCUCACGUUGGGACACUUACCUUCUCAUGAAUGAUGAUCAAAUCCACUGGUUUUCUAUUAUCAACUCUUUAAUGAUAGUUCUGUUUCUGUCUGGCAUGGUGGCCAUGAUUAUGUUGAGGACCCUUUACAGAGAUAUAGCUAAUUACAACCAGUUAGAGACUCAGGACGAAGCCCAGGAAGAAACAGGAUGGAAGUUAGUCCAUGGUGAUGUCUUCAGACCGCCAGUGAACUCCGGGCUUCUUUGUGUUUAUGUUGGAACCGGGGUUCAGUUCUUUGGAAUGACUUUGGUCACUAUGAUUUUUGCAUUACUAGGUUUUCUUUCCCCCUCCAACCGUGGGGGUUUGAUGACUGCUAUGGUUCUCCUGUGGGUAUUCAUGGGUCUCUUUGCCGGGUAUUCUUCAGCCCGCCUUUAUAAAAUGUUCAAGGGUUCAGAAUGGAAGAGGAUCACCUUGAAAACUGCUUUUAUGUUUCCUGGUAUUGUCUUUGCCAUUUUCUUUGUGCUGAAUGCUCUUAUCUGGGGGGAGAAAUCAUCUGGUGCAGUUCCCUUUGGGACAAUGUUUGCCUUGGUGUUGCUAUGGUUCGGCAUAUCUGUGCCCCUAGUAUUUGUUGGCAGCUACAUAGGCUACAAGAGGCCAGCUCUUGAGGAUCCGGUGAAGACAAACAAGAUCCCCAGGCAGAUACCUGAGCAGGCUUGGUAUAUGCAACCAGCAUUUUCUAUACUGAUCGGUGGGAUACUCCCGUUUGGUGCUGUUUUUAUUGAGCUCUUCUUCAUCCUGACCUCAAUAUGGCUGAACCAGUUCUACUACAUCUUCGGCUUCCUUUUCAUAGUCUUCAUCAUCCUCAUCGUGACCUGUGCUGAGAUUACGAUUGUGCUGUGCUACUUCCAGCUAUGCAGUGAAGACUAUCACUGGUGGUGGAGGGCAUACUUGACUGCAGGUUCGUCUGCAUUCUACCUCUUUGCAUAUUCAGCGUUCUAUUUCUUCACAAAGUUGGAAAUUACCAAAGUGGUUUCUGGAAUCCUCUACUUUGGGUACAUGUUGAUCGGAUCUUAUGCGUUCUUCGUGUUGACCGGCACAAUUGGCUUUUAUGCCUGUUUCUGGUUUGUCCGCAAGAUAUAUUCAUCGGUAAAAAUAGACUGAUCAGGUCCCAUUCAUAAAUUGGGAAGUCUCGAGAUUUGGAGGGAUGAGUUGGGCUUGAGAUGAUGAAAAGCUUUAUUGCAACAACUGCAGAUCAGACAACUUUGUAGCUUACUAGUUUAUAAAGGCAAAUAUAGCAUCAUGUAUUCUUCUUGUUUCUGUUUGAUUUUGAACUGUUCUGUUAUCUUUAUCCGCCUGAAUGUAACUUUUACUGAAUAUUGGAUUAAACGCUUUUAAAUCAAGCAUCUUCUAGAUAAGUUGUACGAA